CCCCUUUUCUUGGAAUUUACAAGCUUAAUCAACCGAGAGGCAUAUCAAUAAGAAUUAAACCUGUUUGGAAAAUCUUGUUACAAUCUACUCUGUAUUGAAACUCGUCUCUGUGUAGUUUCCUCGUAUUAAAGGUUUUAGCUAUACCACCAUCUCUCUGGUAUCAGGUUUCUGAGCAGAAGCAAGAUAAAGACAUAGUGGUGUUGCAGUUUAGAUGGCAGUAUCAACUGAUUACCAAGUUAAGUUUCCUGAAAGUGGUGAUCUUUACUCUAUACUAGCAGCUGAAGGGAUUGAGUUUCUUUUGUCGCAUAGUGGAGAGGUGCCGUUGGAAUAUAUUCAUGGCAAGACGAUUUGUCUCUUCUUCUCUGCAAACUGGUGCAGGCCUUGCAAGGACUUCACUCCAGAGCUGGUAAAACUCUACGAAAAUCUUCAAACCCGAGGAGAAGAACUCGAGAUCAUCUUUGUAUCGUUUGAUCAUGAUAUGACUUUAUUCUAUGAACAUUUCUGGUGCAUGCCAUGGCUCGCAGUCCCCUUCAAUUUAAACCUACUCAACAAAUUAAGGGACAAGUACAGAAUUUCUCGUAUCCCGUCACUGGUUCCUCUAUAUUCAGAUGAAAUCUCAGUCGCUGAAGAUGUAAUUGGUCUAAUUGAAGAUUAUGGUCCUGAAGCAUUUCCUUUCACUAAAAAGAGAAAAGAAGAACUCAAAGCUAUCGAUGACUCCAAACGCAUUGGUGGACAAUUGGAGAAACUCCUUACUCAUGAGUCCCGAAAUUACGUUGUUGCCAGAAAUGGAAGUAAGGUGCUAGUUUCUAAACUAGUGGGCAAGACUAUAGGGUUGUACUUUGGUGCCCACUGGUGUCCGCCUUUUCGAUCUUUCACUUCUCAGCUCCUGGAUGUGUACAAUGAGCUCGCGACCAGAGAUAAAGGCUCCUUUGAAGUCAUCUUAGUUUCAACAGACAGAGACUCAAGAGAGUUUAACAUCAACAUGACCAAUAUGCCAUGGCUUGCAAUACCUUAUGAGGACAGAACAAGACAAGACCUUUGUAGAAUCUUCAGCAUCAAACUCAUACCUGCAUUGGUCAUCAUAGGACCGGAAGAGAAAACAGUGACCACAAACGCAAGAGAGAUGGUAUCGUUGUAUGGAUCAAGGAGUUUCCCAUUCACAGAAUCAAGGAUUGUUGAGUUAAAAGCUUGUUUGAAGAAAGAAGGUGAUUCACUUCCAAGGAAAGUGAAGGAUAAGAAGCAUGAACAUGAGCUAAAGCUGGAUAUGGCGAAAGCUUAUGUGUGUGAUUUCUGUAAGAAGCAAGGCAGGUUUUGGGCGUUUUCUUGCGAUGCUUGCGAUUAUGAUCUUCAUCCUACAUGUGUGGAAGAACAAGACGCAUUGUUGGUUUAGCAAAAGAGACAUUAGUCGUGAUUUGUCUGAAUGAUUUUGUAAUAUUAGUAAACAUAGAAGACAGUCGUCGGGAUAUAUUAUGUUCUCAAAAUGAAAUUAAGAAAUCAAUGGGCCAUGCCAUGUAAAACAACAAA